CUCAUUUCCAAAUUUGCCGAAAAUGAGCAACUUGAUCGCCAAGCAAGUCGAGUUCUACUUCUCGGACAGCAACUUCCGCCGGGACAGGUUCCUCCAGGCCGAGACCGCCAAGCACCCGGAGCGCUUCAUCCCGUUCAGCGUCCUCUUCACCUUCAAGAAGCUCCAGGCGCUGACGACGGACCCGGCCGAGCUCGCGUCGGCCAUCGAGACCUCCAAGGUCGUCGAGCUCAACGCCGAGCGCAACGCGCUUCGCCGCGUCGUCGCCGAGCUCCCGGUCGACACGUCGGCCGAGCGCACGAUCGUCUUUGUCGGCCUUGGCACGCUCCCGCCGACGCACGAAGAGAUUGCGGCGGCCUUUCCCGCGGACGUUGUCACGUUCUCGCGCGUCUGCAAGAUGGCCGGUCGCUUCUUUGGCUGCGUGCACGUCGAGUUCAAGGACGACGAGACGACGAACGCGAUCCUCUCGGGCCCGGCCAUCGUCAUCAAGGGCCUCGCGACGCAGAAGAUGCGCCUCGCCGAGUUCCUCAAGCUCCCCAUGGACGACCGCCGUGACUUUGAGAAGGGCAUCCAGGUCAUGAUCCGGUCUACCAACGUCCCGGACGACGUCUCGUUCCACGAACUCAUGGCCGCGAUCGAGGGUCUCUGGGCCGACGACCGCCAUAAGAAGCCGCUCGUGAGCCUUCUCGAAGCCAAGAACGAGCUCCAGCUCCUCUACUCGCAGCCGGCGUACGCGACGGAAGCUGUCGAGUACCUUGCCGCGCACCCCGUCGUUCUCAAGGACGUGACGCUUGUGUUCGAGCACGUGACGGACGCUGAAGCCGUCGCCGCUCGCACCCGCAAGGAGUCCAAGAAGCGCUCGCGCGACGAGUCGGACGGGCCGCGCCAGUACGUGUGCAUCUCCAACAUUGGCAAGGGCGUCAAGUUUGGCGACAUCAAGGACAUGCUCAUCGCGGCCGUUGGUGAGGGCAACCGCCCGCCGUACGUCGAGUACGCCAACGGCUCGACGAUCGCCAAGAUCAACUUUACCGACAUGACGUCGAGCCACCGCAUCCUCGCGCAGCUCCAGGCGCUCGAGAACCCUUUGCUCGGCGGCAAGACGCCAGUCUUUGCGCUUGUCAACGUUGGCGAAGAGCCGCCGGUCGAGGUCGACUACGAAAAGGGCCUCAUCGUCAAGCUUACUGGCGUGCCCUCGACGGUCUCGCGCGAUGUGAUCAAGGCCACCCUCAACGAUCAGAUGGACGCGGCGGGUGUCGUCGCCUACAUUCAGUUCCAGCUCGGCCAGACCGAGGCGCUUCUCCGCGUGGAUACGCCGGUCGCGGCCGCCAAGGUCGUGUCGCUCGUGAGCCACGGCGUGGUCGUCGGUGACAAGGAAGAGAAGCUCGGCGGCGCCGUCAUCCUCGAAGGCGAUGAGGAGCACGCGUUCUGGCUCGAGGCCGAGACGGCGCGCCGCGCGCGCCUCUCCCAGUCGGAUAGCAACAAGUUCCAGCGCUCGGACGGCGGCCGUGGCGGCCGUGGUGGUCGUGGCCGUGGCCGCGGUCGUGGCGGCCGUCGCUAAGCACGUGCGACACGAUAGUUUUGAUAACGCCAUUAUAACACCUUAUGUAAUCCA